ACCGAAGAGAUGUCCCUUUUAGCAGGCCUGUAGCCUGGCACUUGCGACAGUUCGUCUUGACCCGAGAAGCAUGAAGCACAUGGUCACUGGCCUGUUCUUCGUUCUGUGCGUGCUGUGUGUCGCGAAGCAGGCGGAAAGCUACAGGAUACUGGCCAUCGUCGCCACGCCGUCCUACAGCCAUCAGAUCCCCUAUCGGCGAUUAUGGUUGGAAUUACACGAACGCGGCCACGAAAUUGUGCUGGUCACCUCGAACCCUAUACCGGGCAUUCAAUCCCCGAAUUUCACCCAGAUCGACAUUAGCAAGGGCUACAGUGACAUAAGGAGCAUCAACUUCGUGCAGUUGAGGUUCGAAGGGAAAACGUGGUACCAGUUCGUGCAGAAUGAAUUGAAGGCUAUGUGCGACAGUUUUGCUAGACACGUAUUCGAUGCCCCGGAAAUGAAGAAACUCUACUCUCCAGAUAGCGACGUUAAGUUUGACGUUCUCCUCACGGAGUUCCUCUACAUGCCGUCCAUAUAUUCUUUCGCGCACAGAUUUAACGCGCACUUGAUAGGGCUAAGUUCGUUAGGAUCGGUCACCAUUAAUGACUAUGUCCUUGGUGGAUUGGUGCUCCCUUCUCACGAGUACACGUGGGAAUCAGAAGCGAACACGGGCCCGAAUUUGCCGUUCACUCAGAGGCUGUUGAAUUUCUAUAAUAUGUGGCACCUUCUGUACACCUUGUAUCGUGACGUAUUCCCGGAUCAACAGAAACUGGCAGAGAGUUACCUUGGGCCCUUGCCACCUCUGCUGGACAUCAUGAGGAACGUUAGCGUGAUGUUUCUCGAUCAGUCUGACGUUUUGACAGCGGCCAGACCGAAACUCGCCAACGUGGUCACAUUCACUUCCUUUCACAUACUCGAAAAUCCGGAUCCUCUGCCGAAGGAUUUACAGGAGUUCCUCGACGGUGCAGACGCGGGGUUCAUCUACUUCAGCUUGGGUAGCAACGCAAGAAGCUCGGAUUUGCCGAUGGAACUUCUCCAAAUGUUCUGCGACGUGUUCGCCAAGUUACCCUACAGAGUCGUGUGGAAAUUCGAGAAGGAACUAGCCAAAAAACCUGCCAACGUUUAUAUCGGCAAAUGGUUCAGUCAGCAAACCAUCCUCGCUCAUCCGAAAAUUAAAUUGUUCAUCACGCAAGGUGGUCUGCAAAGUACCGAGGAGACCAUUCACUUUGCAGUUCCAGUUAUUGUUUUCCCAGUGUUGGCUGAUCAAGAUUAUCAAGCAAACAGAAUGGAUGCUCUUGGUACUGGAAAACGUCUGGAAAUCACAACUGUCACGAAAGCCGAAUUCGAAAAUGCUGUUCAAGAGGUGUUAACUAAUAAAGAGUACAAGGAGAGGAUGAUUAAAGUUAGAAAUCUCACCAUGGACACACCCUACGAUCUCGUGAAAAAUCUUGUAUGGUGGACGGAAUUCGUGGUCCGAUCGGACGGUGCUCCUCAUCUUCGUUCCAGUCUGGCCAUGCAGCCUUGGUACCAAUAUUGUGACAUGGACAUCGUAGUGUUCCUUACUAUCGUCACCUUCCUAAUCGUUUCAAGUGCACUUAGCCUAAUUGCCAAGCUUAUCGUGUAUUCCUACAAAACGUGGCAGCACUCUUCACAUCAGAAACAAAAAAUAAGCUAAUCGAACCCGGAAUGUGCGUAUACUGAAACGGACAAAAUGUUAAAUAUUUUUUCCGAACAAAGGAAUUUUAAUCGAGAUCUGUGGGCUAAUGGUUUCUGGCGUAAUGAAAGAACGAUUUUACGUUACAAGAUCGCAAACAGCUAAGAAGUGCGUGCAUCUGCUGAAUGCAUCCGUUCGAUGACCAGUGAAAUGUCGUCAUAGUUAAUUUUUAAAUUCCCUUUGCGGAACUGUCAUGACUGUAUUGAUUGCAAACACACCCUGACAGGUUAGAUUUUGACAAGCUGCAUCGUGUAAAUAGCAAGUACAUAUCGGGAUAUGGUUCUAAACGUCAAACUACGUCUCUGAAUCUUUGACUGCUGCUUUCUCGAGGAAGUACGUGCUGAUUGCUUCCUGUUAAGGAAUAUUUAUACUUAAUUGUAUAUCUCUUUCUUAUUAACAGCAUUUCAGGGUAAAAUGGAGACAAUAGUUGGACGGACUGAGUGCUUCCGGAAGAUUUAUGAUAAAAUUUAAAUCUUCAUUCAGGAAUAGUGCUCGAUAGUGAUUGUCAUUGUCAUAUCGUUAUCGACUAAUUCUUUAGAAACGCGAGGUUUCGGACUCGUCUUGAUUGAUUAUGAAGGAAGCGAUAAAUUUAUGCAUUUCGACUUUCAUUUUUGUACGUAUGUGUCAUAAAUUUGUAUCCAAAGUCUCUCAGGCGUUUUGUUAUUAAUUUGCGGACUUUGGAAGUGGAAGUUGCGUAAUCCCUUGAGGCGAUGUAGUAAAUGAUUUGUGUAAUAAUCUAUGUAAAAUUGGAACAGUCUGAAAAUUAGGAAUGAACAUAAUGAAAAAUUAAUAUUAAAAAUGUUAAUCAAUAGUAACCGUAAAUCUAGUAAUUUUUUACUGAACUUUCUAUUUUUAUUUCUAU